AUGGCGCCCCGUGGCGGCAAGUCCGGCAGCAGGGCCGCCUCCGCCAAGCCGCCAGCAAUCGGUGCGCGCAGCGCCGAGCACGCCGCCCUGAUCCUGCGGUCUCUGGAGGAGGGCAGGCUGGACAGAGACCAGGUGCUGGGCCUCAUGCGCGCACAGGGGGGCCAUUGCUCGGAGCCGGGCCCCAGGGGGAGCCUGAAGCAGACCCCCGGGUGCCUGUGCGGCCUGGUGCCGCCGGUGGGCGCGUCCAGGAAGCGCGGCCUGUGGGCCAGCAACUCGGCGGAGGCGGACGCCCUGGGCUGCAGCCAAGACUUCGACCGGCGAGAGGACCCCAGGGACCCGGCGGGACUGGUCAAUCAGGCGAACACGUGCUACGUGAACGCGGCCCUGCAGGUGCUGUACGCCGUGCCCAGGCUGCGGGACGCCAUCUUCAGGGCGCGCUUCUCGCAUGGGGACGGCGUCGCGGAGGCGGUCAGGCAGGUGUUCCUCGAGAUGGCGUACUCCCCGCUGGGGGUGGUGGACACCAAGGAGCUGGUGGUGGCCGCGCUGAAGUUGGACCCGUCCGUCCAGCAGGAUGGGCAGGAAUUCAUGAAGCUGUUCCUGAGCCUGUUGGAGAAGUCCUUUGAGGGCGAUCCGGUGUUCAAGGAUGUUGUGACACAAGUGUUCGGCGGGAGGCAGAGCUACACCACCCUUUGCAAGGGCUGCAAUCAACUCUCGUCCAGCUCCCGUGACACAGUUGAUUUUCUGGACUUGAGUUUGCAAGUGAAGGACUGUGACUCGAUCGAGGAUAGUUUGGGCCGAUUCACAGCACCAUCGUUCCUGGAUGGUGACAACAAAUAUCUGUGCGAAGGGUGCAACGCAAGGUGUGACGCCGUGCGCAGGACAGUCCUCCGUGGGUUUCCUCCCAUCUUAGUUUUCACCCUGGAGCGUUUUGCCUUCGACCUGCAGACUCUCAACAAGGUCAAGGUCAAGUCUCCUUAUGAGUUUCCUCUAGAGCUGGACAUGUCCAGGUACCUACGCGAGGCUAACGAUAUCCUUGGCGAAGGGCCUUGCAAUUCAAUGGCAUCUUACGAGCUGAUGUCCAUUGUACACCACAUAGGCUCCACUGCCCACCAGGGACACUAUGUUACCCAAGUUAAGGAUACCCGAGGUACAUGGUGGCUCCUCAACGAUGACAAAUGCACUUCAAUUGGGGCAAAACCCACUGGUGAUCCAGAAGGCUACAUCCAAGGGAGUGUUUCCAAGAAGAAAAGAAAGUUAGCACAGGAUGGACGCAUGUCAUCGUCUUCUGUGUACAUGCUCGUCUAUGCUCAGCAAGGACGGGGAAUGCAUGUAUGCUCAGCUUCCUUGGAAGAGCUGCCUGCAAGCCUGGCGGUGCAGGUGGAGAAAAUGAAGGCCGAUGUGGAGGAUCGAUGCACACAGCGACAGGAAGCAAGGAUAUCUCUAGAACGAGGCAUCGAGGAUCGGCAGAAAUUUGUCCGCGAGGUGAUUGGGCUGUGUGCCAUUGACUCAUCAGAUACACAGGACAGAUGGAUAAGUACAGAAUGGCUACAGAAGUGGGCUGAUGCUGCUGCUGGGCCUGUGAAGAUCGAUUCCACACAGCUACUAUGCCAACACAACAAGCUGGAUGCUCUCAAAGCUCACAUGAUGAAACGCAUCUCGCAUUCUGCGUGGUGUUUACUUCAUGAGAGAUAUGGUGGUGGUCCAGAGCUCUCCACACAGGAUGUGUGUCAUGACUGUAUUGCUGAGCAUUGCCAUCAAAGGCUUCGUGAAGACAGAGCAUCGGACAGACGUGGGCAUUUUUUGGAACUUGCAAAAGAAUUGGAGAAAAGAGAUUCAGACGCAAGCAGCGGCUUCUACGUCUCCAGACAGUGGCUGGUAUCGUGGAAGAGGAAACAAGGCAGGGGUUGCCACAAAGAAUCACCGACUGCAUCAAUAACGUGUGAGCAUGGUAGCUUGUGCCCAGAUUCUGUUGCCAGGAGGGUCGUUCUGCCAGAUGAUUUCUGGUGCUACCUCAAGGUAUUGCAGGCUGCAGGCCUGGUGCAGGCCUGCUGCACGCGAUGGGCAUCAGCCAGCUCCAGGUCACAUCGUUGGGUGCAUCCAAGUGAACUCGCUCCAGCAGGAGGCCUACAAUGCAUAUCUGCAGUACAGUUGCUGGUUGCAGUAAUGCUAGAUCAACGUAUUCAAAUUCUGUGGUUUCAUAACACUCUUUUCUUUGCUGUUCAGCACCACUGUUGA